AUGAAAGCCACAGCCAUUUACUUGGCGUGCGCUCUUACAGUAGCACUGGGAAGACACAUUGAGCUUAAUAAAAGCGGGUGCCCUACGGAUUACACAAUCGAGCAACUUUAUCCACACGAAUAUUGCAACAAAUUUUACCAAUGCUGGCAUGGAAAUCUUGUAAUUCAAAUUUGUCCUCUCAACUUAUACUUCUCUAUAGAAACACAGCAAUGUGAGUUUCCAUCUAACGUUGACUGCGGAAACAGAUUGCUUCCUAAACCUGAAGGAGGUAAUGACAGUGGUAAUGGCAAUGGAAACUGCAACUGCAACCCAGAAAAAGCUCCAUCUAUUUGUGCUAAAAGCGGAUCAGACGGCACUCUCGUCGCACAUGAGUUUUGUAACAAGUUCUACAAAUGUUCCCAAGGAGUGCCCGUGACUCAGUCAUGCCCAGGAAACCUCCUAUAUAAUCCAUACCAAGAAUACUGUGAUUGGCCCGAAAAUGUAAAGUGCGGCGACAGAGUAAUACCAGACUGUGACAACGAAGACGGAGAGAACGGUGACGGUGGCAAUGGCGGUGGAGGUGGAGACGGUGGGGACGAUGGUGGUAAUGGAAGUUGCAAUUGCAACCCAGAAGAAGCUCCGGCAAUUUGCGCCGAAGCUGGAUCUGAUGGCACCUUAGUAGCUCACGAAAACUGCAAUCAGUUCUACAAAUGUUCAUAUGGAAAGCCCGUCACGAUGUCGUGUCCAGGAAAUCUUUUGUAUAACCCCUACAAAGAACAGUGCGACUGGCCUGAAAAUGUAAAGUGCGGCGACAGAGUAAUACCAGACUGUGACAACGAAGGCGGAGAAAACGGUGACGAAGGAGAUGGUGGUGACGGAGGUGACGGCGGUGACGGUGGCAAUGGCGGUGGAGGUGGAGACGGUGGGGACGAUGCUGGUAAUGGAAGUUGCAAUUGCAACCCAGAAGAAGCUCCGGCAAUUUGCGCCGAAGCUGGAUCUGAUGGCACCUUAGUAGCUCACGAAAACUGCAAUCAAUUCUACCAAUGUUCAUUUGGAAAGCCCGUCACGAUGUCGUGUCCAGGAAAUCUUUUGUAUAACCCCUACAAAGAACAGUGCGACUGGCCUGAAAAUGUAAAGUGCGGCGACAGAGUCAUACCCGAAGAUGACAACGAAGACGGAGAGAACGGUGACGGAGGAGAUGGUGGUGACGGAGGUGACGGUGGCAAUGGCGGUGGAGCUGGAGAAGGUGGGGACGAUGCUGGUAAUGGAAGUUGCAAUUGCAACCCAGAAGAAGCUCCGGCAAUUUGCGCCGAAGCUGGAUCUGAUGGCACCUUAGUAGCUCACGAAAACUGCAAUCAGUUCUACAAAUGUUCAUAUGGAAAGCCCGUCACGAUGUCGUGUCCAGGAAAUCUUUUGUAUAACCCCUACAAAGAACAGUGCGACUGGCCUGAAAAUGUAAAGUGCGGCGACAGAGUCAUACCCGAAGAUGACAACGAAGGCGGAGAGAACGGUGACGGAGGAGAUGGUGGUGACGGAGGUGACGGCGGUGACGGUGGCAAUGGCGGUGGAGGUGGAGACGGUGGGGACGAUGGCGGUAAUGGAAGUUGCAAUUGCAACCCAGAAGAAGCUCCGGCAAUUUGCGCCGAAGCUGGAUCUGAUGGCACCUUAGUAGCUCACGAAAACUGCAAUCAAUUCUACCAAUGUUCAUUUGGAAAGCCCGUCACGAUGUCGUGUCCAGGAAAUCUUUUGUAUAAUCCCUACAAAGAACAGUGCGACUGGCCUGAAAAUGUAAAGUGCGGCGACAGAGUCAUACCCGAAGAUGACAACGAAGGCGGAGAGAACGGUGACGGAGGAGAUGGUGGUGACGGAGGUGACGGCGGUGACGGUGGCAAUGGCGGUGGAGGUGGAGACGGUGGGGACGAUGGCGGUAAUGGAAGUUGCAAUUGCAACCCAGAAGAAGCUCCGGCAAUUUGCGCCGAAGCUGGAUCUGAUGGCACCUUAGUAGCUCACGAAAACUGCAAUCAGUUCUACAAAUGUUCAUAUGGAAAGCCCGUCACGAUGUCGUGUCCAGGAAAUCUUUUGUAUAACCCCUACAAAGAACAGUGCGACUGGCCUGAAAAUGUAAAGUGCGGCGACAGAGUCAUACCCGAAGAUGACAACGAAGGCGGAGAGAACGGUGACGGAGGAGAUGGUGGUGACGGAGGUGACGGCGGUGACGGUGGCAAUGGCGGUGGAGGGGGAGACGGUGGGGACGAUGGCGGUAAUGGAAGUUGCAAUUGCAACCCAGAAGAAGCUCCGGCAAUUUGCGCCGAAGCUGGAUCUGAUGGCACCUUAGUAGCUCACGAAAACUGCAAUCAAUUCUACCAAUGUUCAUUUGGAAAGCCCGUCACGAUGUCGUGUCCAGGAAAUCUUUUGUAUAACCCCUACAAAGAACAGUGCGACUGGCCUGAAAAUGUAAAGUGCGGCGACAGAGUCAUACCCGAAGAUGACAACGAAGACGGAGAGAACGGUGACGGAGGAGAUGGUGGUGACGGAGGUGACGGUGGCAAUGGCGGUGGAGGUGGAGACGGUGGGGACGAUGGCGGUAAUGGAAGUUGCAAUUGCAACCCAGAAGAAGCUCCGGCAAUUUGCGCCGAAGCUGGAUCUGAUGGCACCUUAGUAGCUCACGAAAACUGCAAUCAGUUCUACAAAUGUUCAUAUGGAAAGCCCGUCACGAUGUCGUGUCCAGGAAAUCUUUUGUAUAACCCCUACAAAGAACAGUGCGACUGGCCUGAAAAUGUAAAGUGCGGCGACAGAGUCAUACCCGAAGAUGACAACGAAGACGGAGAGAACGGUGACGGAGGAGAUGGUGGUGACGGAGGUGACGGAGGUGACGGUGGCAAUGGCGGUGGAGGUGGAGACGGUGGGGACGAUGGCGGUAAUGGAAGUUGCAAUUGCAACCCAGAAGAAGCUCCGGCAAUUUGCGCCGAAGCUGGAUCUGAUGGCACCUUAGUAGCUCACGAAAACUGCAAUCAGUUCUACAAAUGUUCAUAUGGAAAGCCCGUCACGAUGUCGUGUCCAGGAAAUCUUUUGUAUAACCCCUACAAAGAACAGUGCGACUGGCCUGAAAAUGUAAAGUGCGGCGACAGAGUCAUACCCGAAGAUGACAACGAAGGCGGAGAGAACGGUGACGGAGGAGAUGGUGGUGACGGAGGUGACGGCGGUGACGGUGGCAAUGGCGGUGGAGGUGGAGACGGUGGGGACGAUGGCGGUAAUGGAAGUUGCAAUUGCAACCCAGAAGAAGCUCCGGCAAUUUGCGCCGAAGCUGGAUCUGAUGGCACCUUAGUAGCUCACGAAAACUGCAAUCAGUUCUACAAAUGUUCAUAUGGAAAGCCCGUCACGAUGUCGUGUCCAGGAAAUCUUUUGUAUAACCCCUACAAAGAACAGUGCGACUGGCCUGAAAAUGUAAAGUGCGGCGACAGAGUCAUACCCGAAGAUGACAACGAAGGCGGAGAGAACGGUGACGGAGGAAAUGGUGGUGACGGAGGUGACGGCGGUGACGGUGGCAAUGGCGGUGGAGCUGGAGAAGGUGGGGACGAUGCUGGUAAUGGAAGUUGCAAUUGCAACCCAGAAGAAGCUCCGGCAAUUUGCGCCGAAGCUGGAUCUGAUGGCACCUUAGUAGCUCACGAAAACUGCAAUCAGUUCUACAAAUGUUCAUAUGGAAAGCCCGUCACGAUGUCGUGUCCAGGAAAUCUUUUGUAUAACCCCUACAAAGAACAGUGCGACUGGCCUGAAAAUGUAAAGUGCGGCGACAGAGUCAUACCCGAAGAUGACAACGAAGGCGGAGAGAACGGUGACGGAGGAGAUGGUGGUGACGGAGGUGACGGCGGUGACGGUGGCAAUGGCGGUGGAGGGGGAGACGGUGGGGACGAUGGCGGUAAUGGAAGUUGCAAUUGCAACCCAGAAGAAGCUCCGGCAAUUUGCGCCGAAGCUGGAUCUGAUGGCACCUUAGUAGCUCACGAAAACUGCAAUCAGUUCUACAAAUGUUCAUAUGGAAAGCCCGUCACGAUGUCGUGUCCAGGAAAUCUUUUGUAUAACCCCUACAAAGAACAGUGCGACUGGCCUGAAAAUGUAAAGUGCGGCGACAGAGUCAUACCCGAAGAUGAUAACGAAGGCGGAGAAAACGGUAACGGAGGAGAUGGUGGUGACGGAGGUGACGGCGGUGACGGUGGCAAUGGCGGUGGAGGUGGAGACGGUGGGGACGAUGGCGGUAAUGGAAGUUGCAAUUGCAACCCAGAAGAAGCUCCGGCAAUUUGCGCCGAAGCUGGAUCUGAUGGCACCUUAGUAGCUCACGAAAACUGCAAUCAGUUCUACAAAUGUUCAUAUGGAAAGCCCGUCACGAUGUCGUGUCCAGGAAAUCUUUUGUAUAACCCCUACAAAGAACAGUGCGACUGGCCUGAAAAUGUAAAGUGCGGCGACAGAGUAAUACCAGACUGUGACAACGAAGGCGGAGAAAACGGUGACGAAGGAGAUGGUGGUGACGGAGGUGACGGCGGUGACGGUGGCAAUGGCGGUGGAGGUGGAGACGGUGGGGACGAUGCUGGUAAUGGAAGUUGCAAUUGCAACCCAGAAGAAGCUCCGGCAAUUUGCGCCGAAGCUGGAUCUGAUGGCACCUUAGUAGCUCACGAAAACUGCAAUCAAUUCUACCAAUGUUCAUUUGGAAAGCCCGUCACGAUGUCGUGUCCAGGAAAUCUUUUGUAUAACCCCUACAAAGAACAGUGCGACUGGCCUGAAAAUGUAAAGUGCGGCGACAGAGUCAUACCCGAAGAUGACAACGAAGGCGGAGAGAACGGUGACGGAGGAGAUGGUGGUGACGGAGGUGACGGCGGUGACGGUGGCAAUGGCGGUGGAGGUGGAGACGGUGGGGACGAUGGCGGUAAUGGAAGUUGCAAUUGCAACCCAGAAGAAGCUCCGGCAAUUUGCGCCGAAGCUGGAUCUGAUGGCACCUUAGUAGCUCACGAAAACUGCAAUCAGUUCUACAAAUGUUCAUAUGGAAAGCCCGUCACGAUGUCGUGUCCAGGAAAUCUUUUGUAUAACCCCUACAAAGAACAGUGCGACUGGCCUGAAAAUGUAAAGUGCGGCGACAGAGUCAUACCCGAAGAUGACAACGAAGGCGGAGAGAACGGUGACGGAGGAAAUGGUGGUGACGGAGGUGACGGCGGUGACGGUGGCAAUGGCGGUGGAGCUGGAGAAGGUGGGGACGAUGCUGGUAAUGGAAGUUGCAAUUGCAACCCAGAAGAAGCUCCGGCAAUUUGCGCCGAAGCUGGAUCUGAUGGCACCUUAGUAGCUCACGAAAACUGCAAUCAGUUCUACAAAUGUUCAUAUGGAAAGCCCGUCACGAUGUCGUGUCCAGGAAAUCUUUUGUAUAACCCCUACAAAGAACAGUGCGACUGGCCUGAAAAUGUAAAGUGCGGCGACAGAGUCAUACCCGAAGAUGACAACGAAGGCGGAGAGAACGGUGACGGAGGAGAUGGUGGUGACGGAGGUGACGGCGGUGACGGUGGCAAUGGCGGUGGAGCUGGAGAAGGUGGGGACGAUGCUGGUAAUGGAAGUUGCAAUUGCAACCCAGAAGAAGCUCCGGCAAUUUGCGCCGAAGCUGGAUCUGAUGGCACCUUAGUAGCUCACGAAAACUGUAAUCAAUUCUACCAAUGUUCAUUUGGAAAGCCCGUCACGAUGUCGUGUCCAGGAAAUCUUUUGUAUAACCCCUACAAAGAACAGUGCGACUGGCCUGAAAAUGUAAAGUGCGGCGACAGAGUCAUACCCGAAGAUGACAACGAAGGCGGAGAGAACGGUGACGGAGGAGAUGGUGGUGACGGAGGUGACGGCGGUGACGGUGGCAAUGGCGGUGGAGGUGGAGACGGUGGGGACGAUGCUGGUAAUGGAAGUUGCAAUUGCAACCCAGAAGAAGCUCCGGCAAUUUGCGCCGAAGCUGGAUCUGAUGGCACCUUAGUAGCUCACGAAAACUGCAAUCAAUUCUACCAAUGUUCAUUUGGAAAGCCCGUCACGAUGUCGUGUCCAGGAAAUCUUUUGUAUAACCCCUACAAAGAACAGUGCGACUGGCCUGAAAAUGUAAAGUGCGGCGACAGAGUCAUACCAGACUGUGACAACGAAGGUGGAGACAAUGUCGACGGAGGAGAUGGUGGCGACGGUGGUAAUGGAGUUGAAGACGGAGAAGGUGGGGACGAUGCUGAAAGUGAAACUGAAGGAGACAACAAUAACAAUAAAGAAGAUGAAAUCAACUUCAACCCUGAAGAACCUCCUACAAUAUGCGCACUAAACAAACAUAACGGAAGUUUAUUAAAGCACAAAUUUUGCAAUCAAUUCUUUAUGUGCUCGAACGGUAAACCAGAAGAAUUCAUGUGUCCGGGUGAUUUGCAUUUUAACUCACGUUUGCUUAUUUGUGAUUUCCCAGAGAACGUAAAUUGUGGAAAUAGAAUUAUUAAAAAAUCAAUUUCCAUGAACAAACAUUUAGCCGGUAGAAAAUUGAUGAAAACAAACUAA